UCCGGGCUCGGCCGCCGCCACCGAGACGCGGGCAGCUCCCUGCGCAGCGGCCGGGGUGAUGGGGGCGCCGGGCCCGCGCGGAGCAGGUGUGCGCGCCGGCGGGGACGCGGGCGGAUCCAGGCGGGCGCGCGGGCGCCGGUGAUGCGCCACCUCACCACGACGUGCUUCCGGAAGCCUCGGCUCAGCUGGAGGAAACACGGCCCUGACACCGAGAGCUGGUGCAGCCAGUGGGGGUCGGGAUGGAGUCCCCCAGGAAACCCGGCAUGGAGUGGGAGGAGGCCUGCGGGGUGCAGCCCAGGAGGGCUGCUGGGCUGGAUGUGGUCCCUGGCCUCCGCCGGAGCAACAGCAGCCUCUUCAGGAGAAGGAGGUCGCAGUUCUCCUUCAACAGCAGUGAGAAGGAAAAUCUUUGCUCAUGGAUUCCCGAAAACAUCAAGAAGAAAGAAUGCAUGUAUUUUGUGGAGAGUUCCCAGAUGUCUGACGCUGGGAAAGUGGUGUGUGAGUGUGGCUACACGCGUGAGCAGCACCUGGAGGAGGCCACCAAGCCCCGCGCCUUCCAGGGCCAGCAGUGGGACCCCAAGAAGCACGUCCAGGAGAUGCCAACGGAUGCCUUUGGGGACAUCGUCUUCACGGGCUUGAGCCAGAAAGUGGGAAAGUUCGUCCGAGUGUCCGAGGACACGCGCCCCAGCGUCAUCUACCACCUCAUGACCCAGCACUGGGGCCUGGACGCCCCCAACCUCCUGAUCUCGGUGACGGGGGGGGCCAAGAACUUCACCAUGAAGCCGAGACUGAGGAGCGUCUUCCGGAGGGGCCUGGUCAAGGUGGCUCAGACCACAGGAGCCUGGAUUGUCUCGGGGGGCUCCCACACCGGGGUGAUGAAACAGGUGGGGGAGGCGGUGCGCGACUUCAGCCUGAGCAGCGGCUGCCACGAGGGGGGCGUCAUCACCAUUGGCGUUGCCACAUGGGGCACCAUCCACAACCGGGACAGUCUGGUCCAGCCCACGGGCAGCUUCCCUGCCGAGUACGUGCUGGACGAGGAGGGCCAGGGCCAGCUCACCUGUCUGGACAGCAACCACUCCCACUUCAUCCUCGUGGACGAUGGCACCCAUGGCCGGUACGGGGUGGAGAUUCCCCUGAGGACCAAGCUGGAGAAGUUCAUAUCAGAGCAGACGAAGGAGAAGGGAGGGAUGGCCAUCAAGAUCCCCAUAGUCUGUGUGGUGCUGGAGGGCGGCCCUGGCACACUGAACACCAUCUACAACGCCAUCACCCAUGGCACGCCGUGCGUCGUCGUGGAGGGCUCGGGCCGCGUGGCUGACGUCAUUGCCCAGGUGUCCGGCCUGCCCGUCCCCGAGAUCACCAUAUCCCUGAUUCAGAAGAAACUGAGCGUGCACUUCCGGGAAAUGUUUGCAACUUUCACGGAGAACAGGAUCGUCGAGUGGACCAAGAAGAUCCAAGACAUUGUCCGGAGGCGGCAGCUGCUGACCAUCUUCCGGGAGGGCAAGGAUGGCCAGCAGGACGUGGAUGUGGCCAUCCUGCAGGCCUUACUGAAAGCCUCUCAGAACCAUGGCCACUUUGGCCACGAGAACUGGGACCACCAGCUGAAGCUGGCCGUGGCUUGGAACCGCGUGGACAUUGCUCGGAGCGAGAUCUUCAGCGGCGAGUGGCAGUGGAAGCCUGCUGAUCUGCACCCCGUGAUGGCGGCCGCCCUCAUCUCCAAUAAGCCUGAGUUCGUGAAGCUCUUCCUGGAGAACGGCGUGCAGCUGAAGGAGUUCGUCACCUGGGACACCCUGCUCUACCUGUAUGAGAACCUGGAGUCCUCCUGCCUGUUCCGCUGCAAGCUGCAGAAGGUGCUGGUGGAGGACCCUGCCGCCCCCCCGCUGCAGAUGCACCACGUGGCGCAGGUGCUGCACGAGCUGCUGGGCGACUCCACGCGGCCACUCUACCCGCGGCCCCGGCCCGGUGACCACCCGCGCCUGCUGCUGCCUGUGCCGCACACCAAACUCAACGUGCAGGGCGUGAGUCUGCGGUCCCUCUACAAGCGCUCGCCAGGCCAGGCUGCCUUCACCAUGGACCCAGUCCGGGACCUUCUCAUCUGGGCCGUCGUCCAGAACCGCAGGGAGCUGGCGGAGAUCAUCUGGGCUCAGGGCCAGGACAGCAUCGCGGCGGCCUUGGCCUGCAGCAAGAUCCUGAAGGAGCUGUCCAGGGAGGAGGAGGACACGGACGGCUCGGAGGAGAUGCUGGCGCUGGCCGAGGACUUUGAGCUCAGGGCCGUGGGGGUCUUCACCGAGUGCUACCGGAAGGACGAAGAAAGAGCUCAGAAGCUGCUCAUCCGUGUGUCCGAGGCCUGGGGGAAGGCCACCUGCCUGCAGCUGGCCCUGCAGGCCAAGGACAUGAAGUUCGUGUCCCACGGAGGUGUCCAGGCCUACCUGACCAAGGUGUGGUGGGGCCAGCUCAGCGUGGACAAUGGGUGGUGGCGGGUGCUCCUGUGCGUGCUGGCCUGCCCACUGCUCCUCACCGGCUUCGUCUCCUUCAGGGACAGGAGGCUGCGGGCGGGGGGCUGCGCGGGCCGCCUGCGCGCCUUCUUCUCGGCGCCCGUGGUGGUCUUCCUGGGGAACGCGCUGGCCUACUCCGCCUUCCUCGGGCUCUUCGCCUACGUGCUCAUCGUGGACUUCCAGCCGGUGCCCUCGCGGCGCGAGCUCGUCGUCUACGCCUGGCUCUUCUCGCUGGGGUGCGAGGAGACGCGGCAGCUCCUGUACAACCCGGACGGCUUUGGGUUGCGGAAGGUGGCGACCCUGUACUUCAGCGACUUCUGGAACAAGCUGGACCUCGGCGCCAUCCUGCUCUUCAUAGCAGGGCUGACGUGCAGGCUCCUGCCAGCGCUGCUGUAUCCCGGCCGCGUCAUCCUGUCCCUGGACUUCAUCGUGUUCUGCCUCCGGCUGAUGCACAUCUUCACCGUUAGCAGGACGCUGGGGCCCAAGAUCAUCAUGGUGAAGCGGAUGAUGAAGGACAUCUUCUUCUUCCUCUUCCUGCUGGUGGUGUGGGUGGUGUCCUUCGGCGUGGCCCAGCAGGCCAUCCUCAUCCACAACGAGAGCCGCGUGGACUGGAUCUUCCGCGGGGUCGUCUACCACUCGUACCUCAUGCUGUUCGGGCAGAUCCCGGCCUACAUCGACGGAGUGAACUUCAGCCCGGACCAGUGCAGCCCCGACGGCACCGACCCCUACAAGCCCAAGUGCCCCGAGACCGACGCGACGCGGCUCACGCCCGCCUUCCCCAACUGGCUGACGGUCCUCCUGCUCUGCCUCUACCUGCUCUUCACCAACAUCCUGCUGCUCAACCUGCUCAUCGCCAUGUUCAACUACACCUUCCAGCAGGUGCAGGAGCACACGGACCAGAUCUGGAAGUUCCAGCGCCACGACCUGAUCGAGGAGUACCACGGGCGCCCGCCAGCCCCGCCACCCCUCAUCCUGCUCAGCCACCUGCAGCUCCUGGUCAAGAGGCUCGUCCUGAAAAUCCCGGCCAAGAGGCACAAGCAGCUCAGAAACAAGCUGGAGAAGAACGAGGAAGCCGCCCUUCUCUCCUGGGAGAUGUACCUGAAGGAGAAUUACCUGCAGAAUCUGCAGUUCCAGCUAAAGCAGAGGCCCGAGCAGAAGACCCAAGAGAUCAGCGAUAGGGUCAACGCCAUGCUGGACCUGCUGGACCCGGCCCAGGAGCAGAGGCUGGCCUCCCUGGAGGAGCAGGUGGCAGAGACAGCCGAGGCCUUGCGCUGGGUCGUGCAGGCGCUGCGGGACGGCGGCUUCGGUGCAGAGAGGGCCCUCCCGGCUCUGGCAUCCAGAAGGGCCUCGGAAGAGCUGAGCCAGGAGGUGGGCCGCAGGCGGAAGGCGGGGGACCCCGAGGAUGCCCACCACGUGAACGCCCGGCACCUGCUGUACCCCGACGCCCCCGUCACACGCUUCCCGGUGCCCGAUGAGAAGGUGCCCUGGGAGACGGAGUUUCAGAUCUACGCGCCGCCCUUCUACUCGGCCGAGCGGAAAGACAAGGCCGUCAUGGACCCCGUGGGGAACAACCUGGAGUCCCUGUCCGAGAUCCACUUCAACGCCGUGGACGGGCUGGUGGACCGCCGCAGCUUCCACGGCCCCUAUGUGGUGGAGGACGGGCUCCCCCGGAACCCCAGGGGCCGCACGGGGCUGAGGGGGCGCGGGAGCCUCUGCUGCUUCGGACCCAACCAUGCCCUGCACCCUGUCAUCACCCGGUGGAGGCGGAACCAGGACGGAGCCAUCUGCCGGAAAGGCAUCAAGAAGAUGCUGGAAGUGCUGGUCGUCAUGCGCUGCCUGUCGGAGCUCUGGGCCCUGCCAGGGGGCUCCCGGGACCCAGGGGAGGCCGUGCCCCGAAAGCUGAAGGACGUCUUUCGGCGAGAGUUCUGGCCGUCUCUCGAGGCCUUGCUGAGGCAGGGCACGGAGGUGUACAAGGGCUACAUGGAUGAUGCGAGGAACACAGACAAUGCCUGGGUUGAGACGGUGGCCAUCAGCGUCCACUUCCAGGACCAGAGUGACGUGGAGCUGAAAAGGCUGAAUUCACACCUGCACGCCCACGAACCCGAGGUGUCCGUCCGGUGGCAGGUGGUGGAUGGGGGCCUCCCGCUGUGCGCCAGCCAUGGGGCCAUCCUCCAGAAGGUGGCCGUCCUCUUCGGGGCCCACUACUGAGGCAGGCCCGUGGCCCUAGGACCCCACCAGUGCCCACCCACAUGUGGCCGCUCCUCCUGUGCCUUCUCCGGAUGCCGGGCAGGUGUGGGUGCCCGAGACUCCUGUGCCGCCAGGAGGACCCGGGCAGGACCAGGGUGCAGAGAGGCCGGCGGCUGCCCGAGGACACGUGGCAGGGACACCUGGCAGGCCCCCCUCCCAUGCUCCUGCACCCCUCUCUGUCCCUCCCUGUGAGCUAAGGGCCGCCUCCCCCAAGAAGGAGCAGGCAGUCGGGCUGUCUGCAUGGACGCUGGGGGAGCACCAGGUUCAGUGUGAGCGACCCACGAGCGCAAGCUGUCGGGGCCAUCAGGACAGAGCACGGCAUGAAAGCCACGACGUUAACUCUGCUGUCUCGGUCCAGCCCGGCCAGACCCUGCUGUGUCUUCCCACAAAGCGAGUGGCUGAUGUGUGUGGGGCGUGGGGCUUAUGGCAGGGCUCCAGGUUAGGGGGCUGCCUGUGUCGGGGCAACCCCACCUUUCUCCGGACCAAAGGCCCAGCUUCCCACAGCCUAGGAUGUUUCCUGUGGAUAUUUCCCGUGGGCGUCUCCAUGGAUGUUUCCCGUGGAUGUUUCCUGUGGACAUCUCCCAUGGGCGUCUCUGUGGACAUCUCCGAGGAUGCCCUGCAGGCCUUUAGACCCCAGCUCAUCGGUGGUCUCAAUCCCAGCCCCCUUGCCCCCCCUUCAGUCUUCCGGAAGCUGCCCCCAAGUGUCACCCCUGCCCUAAGCCAGGGACAUGGGCACCUUCAGCACCCCCUGCUCCCUGCAGGUACUGACAGGCCCCGUGGUGCUCGGGGGCUGGGGGCCUGUGCAUGUUGCCCUCCAUGCCCUUCUGGAGGGCCUGGGACCCGGCCCUCCACCCCUCCAGGACUGCCUGCCUCAGUCUCCCCAUCUGCACUUCCCAGCUAACAUGACUGUCCCUGUAGCUCCCCGCCAUGAGCGCGCAGAUACGCGGCUGAUGGCGUCCCGCUCCGCCCCAGGUCACUGGCUUCAGGAACCAAAGAACUGCCCCGGGAGCUCAUCACCAAGGGCGCAUCCAGGCCCUGCCCCCAGGUGCUGACUUGGUGGGUCCGGGGAGGGUUCUGGAAUCUGCACCUUCUGUCGGCGCCCCGGUGGCACCUGUCAGCACCCCGGCGAUGCUGAGGCCGCCACGGCCACAGGACGUGUCCACCCCACGCUCGUCCCGCGGCCACGGCCUGUGUUCCUGACCGCCUCCCCGGCCCCCCGCUGCAUCUCAGCCCCGCGCGGCCGUUUGCGGGUGGGAAGGGGCUGCCUGUGGUCAAACCAUGCCUGUUACCAGGUCCUUGGGCCAAACCUCUGCUCCAUCACGCGUCACACCCA